AUGUCGAAAGAUAAAGCUUCUGAGACAGAGUCUGAAGUAGAACAAGAACAAGGAGGUGAGGAAGGUGAUGAUUGGCUUGGUGAACCAGAUGAGGAAGGUGAUAAGGCUCUCGUCGAACGUGAAAAGAAAUUAAAAGAACAAGAAGACGAAUUUUUCGAAGAUAUGAGAGAAAAUGCAGUUCCGAAGGGUGCAUUAGACUUAAAUGGUCCUUCUGUUGAUUAUGAUGAAGUCAAACAAAGAUGUCAACUCAUUGUUGCAACUCUUCAAGACAUUAAGAAGCUUGGUGAGCCAGGAAUUACAAGAUCUGAUUAUCUCAACAAACUUUUCGACGAUCUUCAGCUUCUUUACGGUUACAAUCGUUAUCUUCUCGAACAAAUCGCAUCUUUAGUUCCAGUAGCAGAAAUUAUCGACUUUAUUGAUGCAAACGAACAUCAGAGACCAGUUGUUAUCCGUACAAAUACACUUAGAACACGCAGAAACGAACUUGAAAGAGUUCUCAGCGAACGUGGUGUUCGUUUAGGUCCAGUUGACAAAUGGACUAAGCUUGGCCUUAUUGUCUACGAUUCCCAAGUUCCAAUUGGUGCUACACCAGAGUAUCUCUCUGGACAUUACAUGAUCCAGUCUCCAUCCUCAUUCUUACCAGUUAUGGCUUUGAAUCCACAACCAGGAAUGCGUACUCUCGAUAUGUGCGCAGCUCCAGGUGGUAAAACAACACACAUGGCUCAAUUAAUGAAAAACCAAGGCGUAAUCAUCGCAAAUGAUAUCAACAGAACACGCGCUCAAGCUCUUAUUGCAAACAUUCACAGACUCGGCGUUACAAAUACUAUCGUUGUAAACUACGAUGGCCGUGCUUUUCCAACUGUUAUGGGCGGCUUCGAUGCCGUUAUGUGCGAUGCUCCAUGCAGUGGCACAGGCGUUAUCAGCCGCGAUCCCUCAGUUAAGACUAGCAAGAGCGAACAGGAUCUCAAAGUUUUGACACAAAAUCAGAAAGAAAUUAUUUUACACGCUUACGAUUCUAUUUCAUCAAAGGGCGGCAAGCUUUGCUACUGUACAUGUUCGCUCCUUGUUGAAGAAAACGAGGCAGUUGUAGACUAUCUCAUCAACAACAGAAAAUGCAAGGUAAUUCCAAGCGGCCUUGACUCAGACUUCGACCAGGACCUUGCAGAAGGUAUCGUAAACUACAAGGGCCACCAUUUCCACCCAUCUGUUCAGUUAUCAAGAAGAGUUUAUCCACACAGAUUAAACAUGGACGGUUUCUACUUCGCCCUCAUCGAGGUUCCUCCAGGACCAAGAGGACCAAUUCCUGACCCUGAUGAGAAGAAGAAGGAGGAAAAACCAAAACCAAAGACAGAAACAGAAAAGAGAGCUGAAAAGAGGGCUAAGAGAUCAAAGAAGGUAAAGAAGUUUAGCAAGAGAUUCGGUGGAAAAUAA